GCCAGGGAGUAUAAAUACGGGUCGGAUUGUCUUUAGAGUAAAUUCUUUACCGUCAUUUACUUAGAAAGUUGAUCUGAAGAAAACAGAAAAUCUACAUGAUGUCCAAGUUAAACAUCUUUCUUGUUCUUGUUUUAAGCGUGUGUGCGCUUGGACAGAAAGCAAACAACACACUCAACGCACCAGCGAUUGCAGGAACAUGGAAGAAUGAACUCGGAUCAACAAUGGUUAUUAAACAAAAAGGAAGAAAUUUGGUCGGGAAGUAUUGUACAGCAGUGAGUCGCUAUCCUUUGAAACGCCCGACAUUUGAUUUAGUGGGACUCGUUGGGCUUGGUACACCAACCUCAAUUGGAUGGGUUGUGACCUACACGAGCAAAGACAAAAUUUCCACUUCUACAGCGGCAUGGUCAGGACAGUAUCGUUUAAAAGCUGGAAAACAAGUCAUACUCACUACAUGGACCUUGACGGCGCCAGCUAAGAAGGAGAAUGCCAUAUGGGCAUCAACUAAUAUUGGACAAGACAACUUUCAUAGAGUGAAACCUGAUCAAACAUGGUAAGCACCAAUCUUGGUUCUCUACCACUGGUUGGUCUGGACAAUAUCGCAUCAAAAAUGGUAAACCUGUUAUCCUGACCACUUGGGUGUUAACUAAUGCACCUGCUGAUGAGAAUGCUAUUUGGGCAUCAACUAAAAUUGGAAAGGAUAACUUUCACAAAAUACAGUCAGACGUCACCUGCAAGUUUUAGAUCAAAUCACAUUGUUUUCUUUGUCUAUUGUAUUCUUGUCUAUUUUUGUUAUUUUUUUAAAUA